AGUAAAUGGGGCCGGUGGGAGGACUAUGGUUUCCCGGACUCGCAGCGCCAGGAGUUCUGGUUCCGUGGCCGGUUUCUGCUAAGCUGUUCUCAAGGCUGUGGCUUCUACGAAGGACCAGCUGCUUAUCUCGGUUUCUGACUCGCCUGUCUCUUCCUCUGGGUGGUCGGGACUCGUUUUCUUUCCCACUUUCCCGGGGGAACCAACUCUAGCAGAAGACCGAGCGCGGCCGGGAGUCGUGCAGCCUACGUUCGGCGCGCGACGCAGCGGCGGGCGGCGGGAUUCUGCAGCUGGCCGGGGCCGAGGCACGUUCGGCGGCGUGCCGGAGUGCGCACGCUUCUUCCCGCUGGCGGAAGGCUUGGCCCGGCCAGCCUCACCCAUCAAGAGUCCCCUCCCGGUGUCGGGGCGCAGCCCCAGUGACAAUGUCCCGCCAGACUUUCCCAGGGUUUUCAGAACCACCUGCCAGCUGCCUGGACUUGUGGAGAAAUAAGAAUGACCAGCUGGUUCAACGGGCCAAGCAGGUGACUUUGGACACCCGGGUAUCUCUGAGGCGACAGCAGUUGGCUCAAGAUACACUGGAAGGGCUUAGGAAGCUCCUUCACAUUCUGCAAGCAUCUGUUGCUCCAGGGCUCCCUGCAGCUGUUCCUGCUCUCCUCUUGGAGCUGACUGUCACCUGUAACUUCAUUAUCUUGAGGACUAACCUGACCAGGAGCUUCACCGAAGACCAGAUCCAGGAUAUCAAAUGGGGCCUAGAGAGAGUGCUGGAGACCCAGAAACAGAAGGGACCUAAGUUGGGACAGGGACUCAGAGAGCUGUGGGUUUCUGUCCUCCAUGCUUCCUCCCUUGCACCGGAGCUGCUUCCUGUCUUACACAACCUGGCUAGCCUGCAGGCUGCCCUCUGGCUGAGCACUGGCCAUUUGGAGGACCUAGCCUUUCUGUUGAAGACCCUGAAUGGCCGUCAGACUGGGGCCUCUGAGGAUCUGCUACUACUUCUAAAAUCUUGGAGCCCUCCAGCUGAGGAGUCAGAUGCCCCACUGACCCUACAGAAUGCCCAGACUAUGAGGGAUGUCCUUUUGACAGCAUUUGCCUACCGCCAAGGCCUCCAAGAGCUGAUCACAGAGAGCCUACCCAGCGCACUGAAAAGCCUUCAUGAAGCAGCCUCAGGUCUGUGUCCACGGCCUUUGUUGGUCCAGGUGUACACAGCAGUGGGGUUCUGUCUCCGUAAGAUGGGAAAUCCACAGAGAGCACUGUUGUAUUUGACUGAAGCCCUGAAGAGGGGACCAACCUGGGGUCCUCCACUUCUGGAAGCUUCCAGAGUGUAUCGGCAACUGGGGGACGUAGCAGCAGAGCUGGAGAGUCUGGAGCUGUUGGUUGAGGCCUUGAGUACCACUCCUAGCCCUGAGGCUCCCCAACUUCUCAUUGAGGUAGAAUUGCUACUUCCACAACCUGAUCCAGCCUCUCCGCUUCAUUGUGGUACACAGAGUCAGGCCAAGCACCUAUUAGCCAGCCGAUGCCUACAGACAGGGAGGGCGGAAGAUGCUUCCGAGCAUUACUUGGACCUGUUAGCUCUGUUGCUGGAUGGCUCAGAGCCAAGGUUCACCCCAUCCCCUGGCUCGUCAGGGCCAUGUGUGCCGGAGAUGUUCUUGGAGGCAGCAGCAGCACUGAUCCAGGCAGGUCGAGCUCAGGAUGCUUUGACUGUAUGUCAGGAGCUGCUCAGCCGCACAUCGUCUUUGCUUCCCAAGAUGUCUUGGUUGUGGGAAGAUGCCAGAAAAAGAACCAAAGUUCUGCCAUACUGCCCACUCUGGGUCUCUGCUACCCACCUGCUUCAGGGCCAGGCCUGGGUUCAACUGAAGGCCCAAAAAGAAGCACUCAGCGAAUUUAGCCAGUGUCUUGAGCUGCUCUUCCGAGCCCUGCCUAAGGACAAAGAACAAGGUUCCAACUGUGAGCAGGAGGGAGAGUCAAAUGUGGUACUGCAACAGCUUCAGGCAGCUGCCCUGAUUAGUCGUGGACUCGAAUGGGUAGCCAGCGGCCAGGAUACCAGAGCCUUAAAGGACUUCCUCCUCAGUGUGCAGAUAUGUCCAGGACAUAGAAGUGGUUCCCUUUACUUGCUUCAGACUCUGAAAAGGCUGGAUCGGAUGAAUGAAGCCACUGCUUUCUGGCAGGAGGCCCAAACUCAGCUUCCACAGGAACAGGCUACCUGGUCUCUUCCCCUUUACCUAGAAACCUAUUUGAACUGGAUCCAUUCCUCUGACUGUGAAACCCUCCUUGAAGAAUUUCAGACAUCCGUGCUGGAGCCUCAUGACCUCUAGCUGCCACAUUUCCAAGACCUUUAGUGUGAGUCCCAGUGGACUAUCUCCACUGGGAGGGUAUUUUCUGUAUUAUACUCACUGGGCAGUGGCUGGAGCUGACCAUUCCUAAAUAACUCCCAUAUAUUGGUGAGGUUGGUAGUAAUCCAGUGAAACUUGGCCUACUUACUCCAGUUCCUGUAUGGUUCCAUGUACAAGUCAUUGACCUUGGUCAUGCACCUUCCCUAAACCCUGUUCCACUUUUCUUGUGUUGAGUAAAAUCUUAUAUUUAUUUCU